ACUCUCCUUAUGCGUUUUUACGAGACUCCGUACUUACGCCUACGAUCGGGCACAGCCUUUGCAUAGCCUUGUCGUGGAGCCGUGUCGUGGAGUAGUCAAACGUUGUCUCACGGUUUUCUCGGAAUCAAAGACCAGGAGACAGUUGGAGCCAUCGCAGUUCCCCGCGUGGGGUACAUAAGUUUAUAAGAACAAUGUCGCCAACGACCAUACCAGCAACUGCCCCUGUCACAUUUGCUCUCUUCUCAGAGCUACCCCCAGAACUGCGCAAUCAGAUAUGGAAUGAUGCCUUGCUUAAGAAGGACCGGCCAGCCUUGUUCCCGUACCAAGAUGGAUGUUGGCACCCGAUAUACCUGUCGGAGUCUGACGAGGGAUAUAUUGCCAACACUGACAAUAUACGGUUGGAAUUCAAUUCUGCGUUAUUAGAGCCUAUUCCAAUUGAGGUACCGCUUUGCCUUGUCAACCGUGAAGCUCGUGACGUCGCCCUAGCCUGGGCCCAUAGGCAGGGAGCAAGGAUAAUCUUUUUGGGGGACAUGCGGCACCAUGUCUUUGCGCGCCUAUUUGACAACGAGCAAGAUAUGCUAUAUGUGGGGCUUAGCAAUUUCGCCGACUUUUUUGUCGAGCCUUACAAUCGGUUAGCUGAGCCGGAUCUCUUCGGGCGGAUUGUUGGCUCUGGCCCAAGCCUAAGAUACAUUGCCGUGCCCGAGGCGCUGCUGGAGAGAAUGCCCGGCGCGCUCGAAGAGAUGUUUGAGUGGUUCCGCGGCUUAGAAGUGAUAUUCAUUAUCGUUAAUGCGCACCAUGGUAUCCUAGUGCACCAGCGGUGGGAGCUUGAGGGCGCACAGGGGAAAGCCCUCUUGUAUGACCAUACACAAGGCCGUUUUGACUGGGAUGAUGGCGUGAAUAUUUGUGGAUCUAUUAUAUACGAGCGGAUAGAACAAGCUACUACGAGGCUCAGCGUGGUCAUGGCCGGUAACCACGUUACUACUCUCCGGUCGAUCCGACCCGUCUUUGCUGUUAGAAGAUGAAUGGGUCUUUACAUGUCGUCUGGACCUCAUGUGAGGCUUUAUGAAAACAAGACCUGAACAUUGGAUGUGAUUCAACGAAAUUUGUGUUCAGGACAGCCCUUGAAAAACAAGAGGCGCCAACCCACCCUCAACAUAAUUAGCAAUGUCUCUUUACCGGCGCGUUAGAUCACGUUUCCGCCACUUCAUCUCGAUGUUCCGGUCCCUGAGACAAAGUUAAAAUCGAUAAGGGUUGCUGGGUUCUUCGGGUCUGGGCAGAGAAUAUCGAAAUCGCUCAGCCCUAUCGCCCCGCCUAUACAGGAGUUGGACACUGCAUCGACGACCAUUCUGAGUGAUUAUACUGAUACAUUCUAACUCUCGUCACCAUCGUUACUCGAAUGCCCAAGAGGAAUAAUGAAUUCAGCAUUAUUAUCUGCCACAUCUGCAACCUGCUUCGCAGCUCAACCACCGAGGCAAGAUAGAAUAUUCCCUGGUCUGCAAUAAAUGGAGAGGAUCAGCAGUCUUCAGCUGGUGGCUUGAGAAAGGAAGUGGCUUUUCGCAGCUUUUUUGUGGGUGUUCUCAUGUUCAUGUCCACAUCAAUCCGAUACAUUGCUGGCGCUCUUCUCAAGCGCUCCAAAGUUUCGCGUGGUUAAACUGUGGGUAUAGAAAGCCUGGAGGACCUGGUCCGCCUCGCCCAGAGAGCUCUAGAUAUGGCCGCGAAGAGUUUAAUAAAGUAAAAAAGUGUUUAUUAUAACAUU